UUAAAUCGCGACAUACCUCGAUAUGCUACCCUGUCCCAUACGUGGGGCUCAGAUGAGGAAGAGGUCACGUACAGAGACUUAAUUGAUUGCACGGGGGAGAACAAUGCCGGCUACGCGAAGAUCAAGUUUUGCGCGGAACAAGCGAGACGUGAUGGCUUGCGGUUCUUUUGGAUCGAUACAUGCUGUAUCGACAAGUCAAACUACACAGAGCUCCACGAGGCUAUAAACUCCAUGUUUUGGUAUCAAAACGCGGAUCGAUGCUAUGUGUUCCUUGCCGAUGUUACUACCCCGAAUCUGGAUAUAGGGUCUAAUGAUUCGUUGAAAUCGUCUCAUCAUAAGGAGCAAAAUUUUGACAAGCCAGAAACGUCGCCAAGCAGCACGCAGCCUGGUCUGCUUUGGGAAGCAGCUCUGCGACGUAGCCGAUGGUUUACUCGUGGAUGGACGCUUCAAGAGCUCGUGGCCCCGGCUUCAGUCGAGUUCUUUACGAAACAAGGCCAUUGGUUAGGCGACAAAUCAUCUCUCGAACAAGAGAUCCAUCAGAUAACAGGUAUCCCUAUUCUGGCUCUUAGAGGCGCUCAUCUGUCCGAAUUCGAUGUUGAGGAACGGUUUAGAUGGGCCGAGGGGCGCCAGACUACUCGCGAGGAAGACUGGGCAUACUGUCUUCUAGGCAUCUUUGAUGUUUUCAUGCCACUCAUCUAUGGUGAAGGAAAAUCAAAUGCAGUCCGGCGCCUGAGAAAGAAGACCGAAAAAGUGAAACACCACACCUGGCAGGAACUGAAGCCGACGAUGACAAUCCCCUUUAACCGCGAUCCCGAUUUCGUAGACCGAAGCGACAUUCUUGGGCGGAUUGACGAGCAAUGUUUCAAACGGGCUGAUCGUACAGCCCUCGUAGGCUUGGGGGGAGUGGGAAAGUCGCAGCUGGCCAUUGAGUUUGCCUACCGGAUCGAUCGAAAACCGGCCGAGGUGUGGGUGUUUUGGGUCCAUGCUAGCACAAGGGCACGACUCGAAGAGGGCUUCCGGAUGAUUGCGGACGUCGUCAAGCUCCCAGGCCGGGAAGAGCCCAAAGCCGACAUCCUCCAACUGUUAUACAUCUGGCUAUCACAGGAACGGAAUGGCAGAUGGAUCAUUAUCUUUGACAGCGCUGAUGACGCCGAUGUCUUCUUCGGAACAAUGGCUAGCCCAGAAAGCAAACCGCUAGCAUCGUAUAUACCACAAAGCCGAAACGGUUCUAUACUUGUGACAACACGCAACAGAGAUCUGGCGCGCAGACUGACUGGGAAUACUGAUAUUAUUGAGGUUGGAACAAUGUCAGAAGCUGAAGCGCUGUCAUUGCUGGAGAAGAAGAUAGGUGUUAUCACGGAUUUGGAUGCGGCUACAGAACUUGUAUCGGCUCUUGACUAUGUUCCGCUGGCCAUCAAUCAAGCGGCCGGGUAUAUACAGGCGAGGGCGCCACGAAGCUCGGUUCAGAAAUACUUAGCCGACUUCCGGGAAAGCGAGCGCAAGCGAUUCAGACUGUUGGGGUAUGAUGGGGGAGAUCUUCGGCGAGACGGCAGCGCGUCGAAUGGCGUCCUCACGACGUGGCAGAUUUCUUUCGAGCACAUAUACUCCCGACGGCGUUCUGCUGCAGAGCUGAUGUCGCUAAUGAGCUUUUUUGAUCGACACAAUAUACCGGAAUUGCUCCUGAAGCCUGCGGCUUCGGCGACCAUCAUAGAUGGCGACGAAGAAUCAGAUUUCGAAAAUAGUCAAGGGCUGCUGGAUGAUGAGUUCGAAGAUGAUGUGGCCAUGUUGAAGGACUUCCAUCUCAUCAAGGUGAAUGAAAAUGGAAUCGAGUUCGAGAUGCACAGACUCGUGCAGCUAUCGACAAGAAAGUGGCUAGAAAACCAGGGCCUUCAAGAGCAGUUCAAGGAAAAGUAUCUCACACGACUAGAAGCGUCAUUCCCAGAUGUAGAUCAUCUCGAGAACUGGGAGGCGUGUCGAAAGCUCUUCCCACAUGUCGAGAAAGCCAUUGAGUACAAGCCCACGGGACAGAAGUUAGAAGAGACAUGGACGGCCCUCCUAACAAGUGGAGCUUGGUUUGCACUCUCGCAAGGCAGGCUCGUCGUGGCAGAGCGAAUGGCUCACAAAACGAGGAGAUCCUACGAAAGACUGCUAGGAGAAGAGCAUAAAACUACCUUGUCAGCAGUGUUCCUAUUUGCAUCGGUGCUUCUAGACAAGGGACAGUGGACAGACGCUGAGGAACUCUUCGUGCAGAUAUUGGAGACACGUAAGCAUAUGCUCGGAAUUGAUCAUCCCGAUACGCUGGCUGCCAUGAGUAAUUUGGCAUCGACAUACAGAAUUCGGGGCCGGUGGGAGGAUGCCGAAAAGUUACAGGUGCAGGUAAUGGAGGCUCAGGGUCGAAUGAAAAAGUUCGGGGCAGACUAUUCCGAUACACUAACCAUUAUGAACAACCUGGCUUUGACAUACGUGAGUCAGGGCCGAUGGGAUGAUGCUGAGAAGCUGCAGCUGCAGGUGGUAGAGGCUGGCAGUAUGAAACUUGGAAUUGGUCAUCCCGGCCACCUGACUGAAUUAAACAACCUGGCGUUAACAUAUAUGGGGCAGAACCGUUGGAAAGAUGCCGAAAAGCUAGAGGUACAAGUGGUGGAUGGUCGCAAGAUGACACUUGGAGCCGAUCAUCCCGAUACUCUCGCCAGUAUGAACAAUCUAGCGUCGAUCUACGCGAACCAGGGACGGUGCGAUGAUGCUGAGGAAUUAUUUCUGGAAAUAAUAAAGACCCAUAAGGCAAAGCUCGGGUUCGAUCAUCCCAACACACUGACCAAUAUGGCAAACCUGGCAACAACAUACAGAUACCAGGGCCGGUUCAAAGAAGCUGAGCAGCUGCAUACGCAGGUGCUAGAGGCGUGCAAGGCGAAGCUUGGUAUUGAUCAUCCUGAUACGCUGACUAGCAUGGCUAGUCUAGCUUAUGACUGGAAACGUCUAGGCCGACAUGCAGACGCUUUGGAUUUGAUGGAGAGCUGUGUUCGUGGUCGGCAACGUAUCCUUGGUCCAGAGCAUCCUCAAACAUGCUCUUCAAUAGCAUCUAUCAGGGAAUGGAAUGCUGAUGCUGAAAAU